UUAGCAGCCUCGUCGUACGCCCUUCUGUCAGCGACGGCGGAGACGGUGGCGGGGGAGGUCACGCUGCUGGUAGUGACUACGAGCCUGGCGAGGUCCGUCGGGAGCCUCCCCCUUAUUCUCGUCCUGAUCAAUACUCUGGCGAUCAUGCUUUGAAUGUUGUCUGCAAGAACUUGGUUCUUGAGGAAGGCAUGUUGGUGUGAGUGCAAUCUUGGAUCGUGGUCUCUGGGUUUUCUAUCACAUUAUGGUUAAUAUGGUUUUGGGUAAUGUCAACUAUCAAUAUUAUGAGGGGUGUAGGCACCUCAUUUCUUUUGAAGCCAUUGCUAUAUGUUUUGGUGUGGAAUUGUGUGGGAUAACUGAAUAUGGCACCAGCUUCAGCAAUAUGUUAGUUUUUAAUUUCAAAGUGUCUAAAUUGCAUUUUUACAAGGAAUUUGCUCUUAAGGAUACUGAGAUAAUGGUAGUGACAAAUGGUUUGAGGGGUGUUGGCUUGUCUACCAUAAUUAUGUGAGGUUGGAAUGUUGGUUUUAAGCAACAGUGAGGCUUCUACAUUUGGGGUCCAAGGCUUUGUUUAAGUGCUGCAGGCUCAACAUUUCUUGUUCCUGGCAUUCAGUCACCGGAUACGAUGUGUGUGGAUGGAGGAUAUAGAAUACAUGCAGGUUCCAGUUCUCCUGUGCGCUGUAGGGAUCACCAAUACAGUUAUGAUUUUGAUCAUUCAGGGGGUCCACCUAGAGGUCGUGAAUUUGGUGGGAGGAGAGAUCCUGGUAGAUUUCGUGACUCUUCACCCCCUUAUGCUCGAGGAAGAGUUGGUGGCAGACCACCUGGUAGAGGUUUUGAGGGCCCUGGAUUUGGCCCUGGCUCUUUUAGAGAAGAGGGUGUCAGUAGGAAUAAUCCCAAUGUACGCCCAAGAGAAGGAGAUUGGAUUUGCUUUGAUCCUCUAUGUGGCAACCUGAACUUUGCAAGGAGAGAGUAUUGUAACAACUGUAAGAGGCCUCGGUAUGGACCUGGGGGAAGUCUUGGGAGGGGCUAUCCCGGCCCUCUAACUCCUAGACGCUUCUCUGGUCCUCCAUUGGAUAUUUCGCCAGGCAGGAUCAUGAAUGGGUAUAGGUCUCCUCCUCAUGGCUGGGCCAGAGAUGGCCCAAGAGAUUUUGGGCCUGGUGGUCCUCCACCUCCUAGACAUGGAGCCAGGUUUUCUGAUCAUGACAUGCGGAGAGUUCAGCCUGAUUAUCCUGAUGAUGACUACAGAGGGAGGAACGAAUUUGAUAGGGCAAUGCUAGUGGACUGGGGUCAGAGAGACCGAGGAAGGGAUAACUUUUUGAAUGAGAGGAAAGGGUUUGAGAGGCGGUUGCCCUCUCCACCGCUACUUCCACCACCAGUUCUUCCUCAACGAGGCCGAUGGGGGCAGGAUGUGAGAGAGAGGAGCAGAUCCCCAAUCAGGGUUGGCCCACCAGCAAAAGAAUAUCGUCGGGACAUGUACAUGGAUCGAGGGUGGGAUGAUCGGCGUGGUAUGGGAAGAGAUAGGAUGGGAGAUGGGUUUUAGUGGACAUGGUGAGGAUUGGACCUUGCAUUGGUAAUGUGUAUAGUAGGCGUGUGUUUUGUGCUUGGUGAUUUUAGAUGCUACGAGAGGUUUUUUUGAACAGAUUAUGGGAUGCAUCCUGGGACUUGAUUUAUUGCUUCAACUUAUCAUCCUUGUCAACAUGUAUGAUGAAAGUUAGAUUUGGAGCAGGUUAAAAUCCCCCAUCUCUUUGAGAAGAAUCUGCACUAUUUUUUCUUCCCCAAUUUUAUUUAGCAUGGUUGACGUAAGAAAUCGGAGUUGUACACUCUUUUUUCUUCAGUUCGCAGAAUUUUAUGCGGUGGAGGGAAUACGGAUCUUUCGACUCUUAUUCAGCAGUAUUGCUUCUCUUGUGGUUGUGAAAUGAAAUUUGUUCGGCUUAGACAGACUAGUCUGGGAAUAGGAUCCUUGGUUCUUUUUCUGCAUCAGGUAUUCAUUGUAGAUUGUUCAAUGCAUGGUACCUUAGGAGUUUGAUGAACCAUACUAGUUCCACAUCUAAUCAUUAGGCUCAAGGAGAAGAGGAAGACCACUUUGGUGAACCAAUCUAUUCAUAAUUUUGUUAGAAUAUCAUUAAAAAAAAAAGCCACUCAAGAUUUGUCCGAUGUGAUUCGCUUUUUUGCAUUCUUCAAUUAUUUUAUAACUUUUUUUUUCCCACUUUGUAACUUAUAUCAAUUUGAUAAUAAUCGAUUGCUAAUCAUACAUAUAAUCCAAAUGGGACUGCCAUACA